CGAAUGAGUUGAGCGACGCUAAACUAAUAACGACUACGCUGCAGACCGCAUGCAAAUGAGAGAUCAGUAGAUGUUUGAAGCAGUUAGCAAACGCACGAUCGCCCCGCAGAGUACCGGUUUUACACGAGCAUACACAGUUGCACUAUCAACUUAUCAACCAACAGCCAAACAGAUCAACCGAAAGUGGGCGUUCAAAAUGUUAUCAUCGCGCGCAGUUUCGAAUUUUUUAUUGUUUUUGGCGUUGAUUUCGAUAGCGGCUGCAGUGAUCUACGAAAAAGACUGCCUGAAGUUGGAUGAAUUGUACGACUUUAAAGAAGAUCAGUAUAGCGGCAAAUGGUACGAAAUUCGGCGUCUGUCCGAUCCAGAUGACGCCGAACCGGAGGAUUGCGUUCAGGAAAAGUACACACGCCUGAACAACAAAUUGGAUUUUGAGGUUAUUCGAUCUGUUCAAAAGACGGCCGCUGGGAAUCCUGUUUACUCGAUUGGAACCAUGAGCCCAAGGUCGUAUGAAAACUCGAAAGUCCCACAGUUCUUUCUACGUUACAACACUACAAGCAAUGCAGAUCCAGACAUUAACGUAGACAUAGUAAAAACCGAUUACUUAAACUACGCCAUUGUAUACGCAUGCAACUCUAUCAACACCACAACUUCGUCAGAAAAUGCAUGGGUCCUAUCGCGUCAUCCUGCUAUUCCGAAACACGCCGCUGAUGUGAUCAAUAAAUACUUGUCAGAACAUUUCACUCAUCAGCAGCACAAAUGGCGUGCAACGGAACAGUCGGAAACAUUCUGCAAACCCACAACAAUUCACGAACAAACGUCUGGAGCAUCGGUCCACAGAACCGUUUGGUUUAACUUGCCGCUCACUUUAAUUGUGGUUUUAGUUACAAAACUCCUGUUAUAGAUCCUGUAAAAGAUUUUUUCAGUUAAAAAUAUAUGCGCAUGAUGAAACAA